UCUGAAAACGCCGACGUUUCUCGUUUUUCGGGCCAACUCAUCGGUCUUUUUGACACAGAAUAUGUUUGUUUUUAGCUCAUAAAGAUAUGAGUAUUAAUUCCGUUUGUGUAUGAAAAAUAACGUUUGUGAUUGUUAAGACAUGGAGGUGCAUUAUCUCGUUCUCCUUUUCAGUAUCUUCUGGCGUGGUUGCCAAGGUAUUAUGUGGAGUUUGGCUCCAAACACCCAGAAGUGUUUAAAGGAAGAAUUACAUGCUAAUGUGCUUGUUGCUGGUGAAUAUGAAGUAGGCGAAGCUCCAGGACAGCGAGUGGAUUACAUAGUUAGGGAUUCAAAAGGCCACAUACUAUCACAAAAGGACUCAAUAAACAAAGGAAAGUUCACAUUUGUCACUGAAACAUAUGACACAUUUGAAGUUUGUUUCAUAUCAAAAGUGCCCCCGGAGCGCAGGGGUAUCAGUCAAGAAGUGUUCUUAAACAUUAAAGUUGGAUUUGAGGCUAAAAAUUAUGAGGGUAACACUUGGAUUGGUGAAGCAGCCAAGCUAAAGCCAAUGGAAUUGGAGUUGAAGAGACUGGAAGAUCUAUCGGAAGCUAUAGUCCAAGACUUUACUCUCAUGAGGAAGAGAGAGGAAGAGAUGCGAGAUACUAAUGAAUCCACAAACAACAGAGUUCUAUUCUUCAGUAUAUUCUCCAUGGUAUGCCUGUUAGGGCUGGCCACUUGGCAAGUUCUAUACCUGCGUCGCUACUUCAAAGCCAAGAAGCUAAUUGAAUAAUCUUUUUACUAAAGCAGGUUAAGCGGCACAGUUCCUCCAACUUUUUGUAUCCCAUUUUUUUUUUAAAUGUGGAACACUACAUUAUAUUUGCGUUGAACAAAGAUUCCACAGAUAAUAAUGAUCUUUUUAAAAUUAAUAUCUACCAUUUUAGGAUUUAACAUUAUAGAGAUAAAUUGAGAAUAUUUAUUUGAAAUUGUAAGGAACUGUAAAAAUUAACACAUUUAACCUCGGAGUAAAUAAUUACAGUAAAAAAUUUAAGUUUGUUGCUUUUUUCUUACCAAACUGUUUAUUUACUCUGGCAACAUUAAAAACUGUCAACAUGUGUUAUGUGCAUCUUUUUUUAGCGAUAUCGCGCCGCACAGUCAAUUUAUGUAUUUAAAAUUGAACAUACUUGAUUACUUAAUUCAGAUUAUUUAAAUAUUUUUGUUGUAUAUGUUCAUGUUCGAAUGUGUCGUGUCUUUAAGUAAGGAUGUAUAAAAUAAUGUUUUUUGGAAA